AAACAUAUCGCAUGCAUAAGUUGUUCUUCUGUAGUAGAUUGAGUUUUCACCUUUGGAAUUAUAAUAUUGUAUGAAAACAACGGACAUUGUUUUAUUAUGUAGAAAUGUAAGAUGUUCAUUCAACGAGAGUCCUUUGGAAGAAGACAAUAAAUGCGGAAUGAGUCAGUCAGAGGAAAACAUCACGGCAAACGAAAAUGAUGACGGUGAAGAAAAUGAUAGCAUAUGGUUAUUUGAAGUCCUUGAUAUUAUUGGAGCGAACGAUUAUUAUAGAAAGACUUGUCAACGAUCUUACAUAACGCAGGAGAUUAUCAAAAAUUUCCUAGAUGCACCAGAAUUUUCUAAUUAUAUAGUUGGAGGUAUAUUCGAAGCCUCAAAUACACCAGGUAUAUUUACUGACAUUGAUGCUAUCGGUUGUGAUGACAGUCUUGAUGUCAUCGAGGACAUAUCAAAAGCUGAAAAAAACCGAGAUUCCCUAUUGAUCAUUAAAGAACAAGAUACACCUCCUGGUUAUUGCAAACUACAAUUUGUAAAGAGAAGUGUACCAUACACAAUUAGACAUUUUUCCCUUAUUGAAAUUGAUUGUAAACGGUUUUUCCAAAUUGAUAGAUUUGAACGAAUAGUUCUGACCAAUUUUGCAUAUGAUAGUGGAGAACGGUUUUGUCAUUUUUCAAGACCCCAUAACAAGUGUGCUGCCCAACUCGGACCUGUAUUUGAUGUUAAAUACAAUGAUACAUUGGCAAAAUGUGAUAUGGUCUGGUGUUACCGUUGCAAACAAUGGCCAACAGAGGCACAGGAAUGGCUCACCAGACGUAGAUAUAAUGGAUGGCCAACAAAAUCUACUUUCGAUGAGCUGAAACCACUGGGGUAUUUUGUUGUUAGAAAAGGCCAUCCUUGUUCUUCAGAAAUAGAUUUAGAAUGGCGAAUAUCUCUCACAUUACAAGAGCGAACACUCGUAUCUAGUUUAACAGAUGUCCAAUAUAAAUGUUAUGUUCUUCUCAAGAUGUUAAAUCGUGAUAUUAUAAAUUUGGAAUGCAUUACUUCAUACCAUUGGAAGACAUGUUUAUUUUAUGUGAUAGAAAAUAAUAAAUCGGAUGUUUGGAAAAAAAACCUUCUGCUGCAUUGUGUUAAGCUGUGUAUAAAGCAAAUGUUAGAAUGGGUUAAACAUCGUUUUUGCCCAAACUACUUCAUCUCAAGAGAAAACCUUUUUUAUGGAAGACUUACUAAAAGUUUGAGAAUAAAAUCAGAACAAAUAUUAGUAGAACUUUUAAAUGACGGAUUUCAUUGUUUGCGUUAUGUAAAAUCAAGUAAAAUAUGUCACUAUGUCGAAUCACGGGAGUCUUUAACAUCAUUUCAAAGGCUUAAAGAAGAAAGCAUAAAAUUAUAUAGAAAAACUGUAGACAUAAUGAAUACGCAAACUGACACAUUAGCACUAAAUACUUUUAGUGAACAUUUAUCCACCGAAAACAGUACAGAAUUGAUAGAGUUACUUUGGCUUUUGCUAUAUCGCAGUCAAACUACGAACACUAUGUUUGCGUACACAAAGGAAGACACACGACGUUCUCUAUCGCUAUUAACACCCGUCAUCUAUACGUACUUGGCUAGUCAUAUUUCUGCAAUGUCUAUCCGCCAACCGAAUCGUCAGGUUCGCAAUUUCCUUUUGUUGGGAUCUUUGACAUACUUCACGAAAGGUGACUUAACUGGAUACCUGAAGUUUAUAUCCGUAUUAUACACUGUUGGUUGUUAUAAAGACUGUGAAUUUCACUUACAUCGUUUUCGAAAAAAAAAUCCGUCUAUUUUUGAAUCUCCACAAGUUUUCGACACUACAUCUAUUUUAUUUCUGCCAACGGAACUUCCAAUUAUUCCCGACGCUAUGAAGUAUGAAAUAUUCAAAUACUUCGGUAUUUCAAUGAAUUUAAGUGAAAGAUAUUCUAUAAUUGAAUAUGGGGCUAUUGUGGACAGCAAUAUAUACUAUUUCCUGCUCAAGUUCUUAAUUAAAGGAAAAUACAGGGCGACUGAUUCUUCCAGGGAAGAUAUACGUGAUAUUUUUAAAACUUCCAUCUUAUCAAAUGUUCACCAUCCUGAUGUGGCAUUUAACCUGACAGCCUGGUAUUUUUACUCUAUUGGGUUGACACCAACAGCUCUAAGUAUGUUAUACAUGUCGUGGAAGGCAAUGGAUUCUCUGAAAAUAUAUUUUCAGACCAAUAUAAAAGAGAUUAAACAGAAAAUAUUUCAAUGCAAUUCAGCAAAGUUCCAUGCGUUGGUUUUUUUGUACAACACGUGGUUUACAAGGAACACUGCCAGAACUAAAUUUUGUUUUCAGUGUUUUCUCCUCAGUCGAAAAACAUGUAGCAGAUGUAAAACAGCCACAUAUUGUUCAAAGAAAUGUCAAAAACAAAACUGGAAGAUUCAUAAACAUGUUUGUGAAAUUGUAAAAAGUGUUCACAAAGUCUGAUGUUUUUUUCAAAAACACAAACGAGUUUGAUUAUAUCAUUGUUAAAAAUGGCAUUGGCAGGAGUUUCUGGUGCUGUUCUCAUACUGACUGAAUAAACUUGAAACUUGAAAAGAUUUUUAUUAAAAAAAGUGUCAAAUGACAAAUAGCGAAUCGGUUGCCGUUCAUUCAUUCUUCUAGUUUUGAUGUUAUCAGAAACAUUUCAUCUUUGGACAUGUUGAAUGGCAUAAAGAGCGUCGAUACUUUAAUCAUUUCAGUAUCUGAUGUAAUUUACAUUUUCCAAAUUAUCCAAAUAUUGUGACAGUAAACGUUGGUAACGAAAACCAAACGCUUAAACGUUAUACAAAAAAGAUUCAUUUGCUUUCCAUUUUAACGAUGAAUAAGCAAUAGAAAGCAUACUAUGCACGGGGGAGGUGGCUAAUACACCUGCCAUAACAUUAUUGACGGAAUUUGUAAAAUUGAAUCAAACCGGUUAUUCUUUAUUUUUAGAAUUUAACUGGUUUGUAGUGCAUUCACGUACUGACAACAUGUCACAAUAGGUGUUAUCACAGGUAAUAUGAUUUUUCUGGUGUCUUACGACAGAUGAUUCUAAGUAAUUGCUAAAACUAUCAUUGCUAGGUUGUUUGAAAAUUGGGGUUAACUACAAUAUCACGGUUGAUGCAC